AUGUCACUUUCAUUUUAUUUUACAGAAAAAGGCAAAACUAAACCCCUCUCUCUCCGUUCCAAGACACCGCAAAACCCUUUCUCUCUUAUCAAUUUUUCGCCGCCGUCAUUUCGGCAACUUUGCUUCUCGUCCUCGUUUCGCCUCCGCACACAACAUCAGUACAUCAAAUCGAAGCCCCUAAUCUUGCUUGCUGUGGAGAUAUUUUUGCAGGUUUUACCGUCAAGGUUUUCUCAAAGCAAGAUUAAUCAGAUAGUGUGCUAUUAUCCUUCAAACAAGAGGUGCACAAGCUGGAAUUGGUAG